UUUAUUGUGAGAGGUGGUAGCGGAGAUGAGCCGGGUCGAGAAAAAAGUCGGGGUUCCAAAAUUUUCUUAGGAUCAGGUUCUGGGUCGAAAAACAAGUUGUUAUUUCGGGUAACCCAACCCAUUCAUGUUAGAGAUCGGUCUGGGUCUGGAUCCAAGCCUGGGUUUUUCCUGUACCCAAACUAUAUUUUGUAGAAAAGACUUGAAUAAGAAGAAAACUAAAAAUAAUUGGACAAACUCGGCCCUUGAGUUUUCUGGAAUGACGAAAAAUUCAUUUUGUUUUCAAUUUAAGGCAGUUGAACAAAUUUCUACUUAUGUACCAGCAUCAAUUGGAGAAAAUUGGACUCAACUUUGGUUAGAAUAUGCUGAAGCAUGCACUCCAGAAGCUAAAGCUGAUUUCUUGGCUCAAGCAUUAAGUUAUGAGGAAAAGGAUAAAACUUUGGAUUUUGAGGAAUUUUUUAAUUCAACCAAAAAUGCAUUUUCUGAAGAACCUUUUGUUGAAUGGGCAAAUCUUAUAAGGGAGAAACGUAAAGGUUUGAAAGAAAAGAAUUUUGCUUAAAGUGUCUUUAAAGAGAGAAAGAAUUUAAGAGAGGGUUUUUUAAAGAGAUAUAUAAUUUUUUGUCCCUGAUUUUUAUCCCAAAAUUUAUUGCCAGUAGGGUAUAAUUGUCACUUGCCAGUAGUGUUGUUAUUAAAAUUUUGAGCUUUAUACAGUUAAGUAAGUG